GUUUCGGGUCCAGCUGGUCCUCGGCCCCCUGUCCCCCGGCCGCAGCGGAGCCAUGAAGCAAAUCACGGAAGAACUCAUUAGGAGUCGCGCAGAGCACAACAAUGGGGAGAUUUUUUCCUUGGAGGAACUCUCCUUGCACCAGCAAGAAAUCGAAAAACUGGAACACAUCGACAAAUGGUGUCGGGACCUAAAAAUUCUGUAUCUGCAGAACAAUCUCAUUGCCAAAAUCGAGAAUGUUAGCAGACUGAAGAAAUUAGAAUAUUUGAAUUUAGCUUUGAACAACAUUGAAAAAAUUGAAAACUUGGAAGGUUGUGAAAGUUUGAAGAAACUGGACCUGACAGUGAAUUUUGUUGGAGAACUGUCCAGCAUUAAGAUUCUAAAGCACAACAUCCAUCUUAAAGAACUCUUUCUUAUGGGUAAUCCCUGUGCGGACUAUGAAGGUUAUCGACAGUUUGUGGUGGCUACUCUUCUACAGUUAAAAUGGUUGGACGGAAAAGAAAUAGAACGCUCCGAGAGGAUUCAAGCUCUGCAGAACUACCCCGUGGUGGAGCAGAGAAUCAGAGAGCAGGAAAAGGCUUACAGCCUCAGAAGAAUGCAGGAAAAAGAAGAGGCUCAGAGAAAAGAGCAAGAGAAAGAAAACCAAAAUGAGAGCAGAAGUAUUUCUGACUCGGAACAAAGUCACUAUUCUCUUGGGAAUGGCGAAGACCGGGAGUUGUCCCCAGUAUUAGAAAGGAAAAUCCAGGAAGACGGAGGGAAAAUUGAUAAGAGCCAAGCCUUCUGGAAUACACCUACUUUGUAUACUCCCGAAUCUAGACUAGAAACGCACAGGUAUAUGGAAGAAGAACGGAAGUCCAAGAAAAAUCCGAGUGAGAAAAAGAAGAAACAGAAGCCACCAAAGACUUUGAUUACUGCAGAGGGACGGGUCCUGAAUAUAAACGAGCCCAAGCUUGACUUCUCUCUGCUCGACGACGAAGAAAACAACCAGCUCAUCCUGGAUCUUGCUGUUUAUAGGUAUAUGGACACCUCUCUAAUUGAUGUCGAUGUGCAACCCACCUUCAUCCGAGUCCUGGUGAAGGGUAAGCCAUUUCAGAUUGUGCUGCCUUCAGAAGUGAAACCGGACUGCAGCUCGGCACAAAGAUCCCAGACCACUGGCCACUUGGUGGUGACUAUGCCCAAGGUAAAAGAAAUUAUUACAGCUAACAGAAAAACCACCAAGUCGGUGAAAACUUCUGACAGUCGAAAACUGGAAGCAAAGAAAAGUAAUAAGCAAAUCGAGACACUUGAAGUCGAUCCCAGCAUAUAUUCGUACCCAGACGUGACUAGCAUAGUCCAAGAAACAAGACCUGUCCCUGGAUCGGGAAGAUCAGAGCACCAAAGGUCAUCAUGUGCUGAAGAGUCUGCCUUUGAUGAUAAUCCUGAAGUUCCCCCUUUAAUCUAAAACAGUGGUAUUUGUUUCUCUUCACUGGACUCUACCUGAUCCAUAUUUUUCUCAGUUUAUUAGAUGUUUGAUUUUGGGCCCACCCUAAAUUCAUUUGGGCAAAAGUGGUAAUUUUGCUACAGAUGAACUUUCAUCUCCCCUCCUUUGAAUCGUCACAUCAGAAGAUGUAUUGUUAUCCAUUACACAUCCUUCUUUGACUUUAGUGGAUGAUCUCCCAUUGUAAGACUUCUAAAACCGGUCAAACGUUAGGAGUGAUUUAUUAAAGAACAUUAAUUUAAUGACAAUUU